AUGACGCUCGUCGACGCGCACCUGCAAGGCGUGUCCGACCUUGACAAGCUGUGGAACCUGCUCGUCGAGCUGUCAUCGCAGCUGUCCCACAACCGACAGCAGACCGAGGAGUUGCACAGACGUGCAGAAGAGCUCAAGGUGGGCAUUUUGUACUGGGAUCUUGUCGACGGAGUGACGUGCACUGACCCUCGUGGCCGCUGGCGGCAUUAGACCCAAGCGAUCCACAACCAGACCGGCUACACCCUCCGCCGCUUCAACUUGGACGUCAGCAGUGGUCAGUCUAUGCUCUAUCUUGGAUCAGAGACCCGCACCCUCUCAUGUUCACAUCGCAUUUGGCUCUUGUGAUGGCAUGCGACGCGAUCGCAAUCCCACAGUCGAGUUCGACUCGGAGCUUGAACGACAGAACGUUAACCUCGUCAACGAGAACCAGGCACUGCACCAAGAGAACCGGGCACUAUCGAUACUACUCAAGGACUAUGAGGCCACGCUGGAGAAUGUGAUGGGCAAAUUCAGGGCUCAUGCGGUCAGUAGAGAUCCUGGCCCGCCCACGCCCCUACCUCGAGGGCGGGUUGAGCUGAUCAAGUCGAGAAUUGCAUCUCCCCCCGUUUUAUUUUUCAUAGGCCGCAACGCAGCAACACCACCUCGAUCUUGUGCGACAUUACGAGUCGCUCCUCCUCAACCCGGACCCUUCGUCUUCGGCGGCACUGGACGAACGUGGCAACUCAAUCGACCCUGGCUCGCCCGAUUCGCACCCCAGCUCCUCGGGCGCUAUUGACCCUCUGCACCUCAAUUUGUCCCUCUCCCAUGUUGCGUCUUUGAUCCGGAAAGCCGUGCGAGCAAUGAACGGCGAGGACCCGGAAUCGAUCGACUCACCUCCUCUAUCCCCGAUCGAUCCCUCGGCCGCUCCCAUAGCGUCUGCCGCAACCACCUCCGAAUCCUGUGCUUCUUCUUCGGCUCCCACGUCCUCGGAGACGUCGUCCAAGAGCAGGAUCCCCCAAACACGACCGUACGAUGUCACAGAAGGAGGCUAUAUCGGGAAAGGAGCGACGAGCGAACCGCAUUACCUCCCCACGACGUCGACCUCGAGUCUCGUCCAAACCCCCCCUCUGAACGCCGUCGACGCGCAACACAAGACCAUGGCAGGCCAUGCGUUGCACAGGAAAGAGGUGCUGGGACCCGUCGACGAUGCAUUGGAGAAGGAAAUCGAGGUCGCAGCAUUGAGAAAGGAGAAUCGCGAGUUGAGGUAUGCUCUAGGGAUCGAGGAGAGAGAGAGAGAGCAGUCUCGGGGGGAGGAUGAGCUUGUCGGUGGUCGGGGAGUGUUGAAUCCGUGA